AUGACGAAGAAGGUAGUGGUUGAUUUUCUUCGUAACAAUUUGACAUGUCGAUUUGGACUACCUGAUUCCAUUAUUACAGACAAUGGUGCAAACCUCAACAGUCAUUUGAUGAAGGAGAUAUAUGAGCAAUUCAAGAUUACUCACCGAAAUUCGACUGCUUAUCGUCCUCAAAUGAAUGGAGUCGUAGAAGCUGCCAAUAAGAACAUCAAAAAGAUUUUGAGAAAGAUUAUUGAUAAUCACAAAGGUUGGCAUGAAAUGUUACCAUAUGCUUUGUUGGGAUAUCCAACAACUGUUAGAACAUCAAUCGGAGCAACCCCAUACUUGUUAGUAUAUGGAACAGAAGCAGUGAUACCUGCUGAAGUUGAAAUACCUUCAUUAAGGAUCAUUCAAGAAGCCAAACUGAGCAAUUCUGAUUGGGUUCAAGGACAAUUGGUCCUCAAACGCAUCCUUCCCCAUCAAGAUGAGUAUAAGGGGAAAUUUGCACCAAAUUGGCAAGGACCAUACAUGGUUCGUAAAGUGUUAUCUGGAGGUGCCUUGAUCAUGUCAGAGAUGGAUGGCCAGGAGUGGCCAAAACCAAUCCACUCAGAUGCUGUCAAGAGAUACUACGUCUGA